CCGCUAAGCCCCUGCAAAACCCAAAUUUACUGCUAAGUCUUGGCUAUCCUUUUCUUCAAAAAAUGUUUCAGUAAUGGCGGUCUUCAGGUCCCUGAAAGCCCUAAUUGAAAACCCUAAAAGAUCGAGAACCUUCCUCACGGCCACAGCCUCAUACAUCUCGGCGCCUCUUCAAUAUCCUACUCUCUCUUACCCUCUCUCUCACCCUCUCUUUCGCUUGCCGUCUCAGAUUUCUAGGACCUUUCUCUCUCCACUCUCCAAUUGGAUCAUUCCUUUUCACGGACCGCUCUUCCUCUCUUGCCCUCCAUGGAAGCUCUCGCAGUCCGCCACUCCGCUCUACCUUCGUGGGAACGGCGUCGUUCUCAGAAAGAUCGAAGCUUCCUUAAGCUUGAAUCUCCUACGGAGGAGACCGAGCUUCCCGCUCCCAUUUGAGGUCGGGUCACUCUCGCCUGCUCCCACCGUAUUGGAUCGUGGUGUCGGGUUGAAAGAGGCCAGUGAUGAUUUCGUCAAUUUGCCCAAUUUGAUCUCCAUAAGUCGAAUGGUUUCGGGUCCUUUGCUUGGAUGGAUGAUUGCAAAUGAAUGGUAUUCUUCUGCAAUGGUGGGGUUGGCUAUCUCUGGGGCAACUGAUUGGUUGGAUGGAUACAUGGCUAGGAGGAUGAAGAUCAAUUCUGUUGUUGGCUCCUACCUGGAUCCCCUUGCUGACAAGGUUCUUAUUGGAUGCGUUGCUUUGGCCAUGGUGCAUGAGGGUCUUCUUCACCCUGGACUUGUUGGACUCAUUGUGUUUCGCGAUGUUGGGCUUGUUGGUGGUGCAGUAUAUCAAAGAGCUAGUAACUUGGAGUGGAAGUGGAAAAGUUGGUCCGACUUUUUCAACAUUGGGGGAACCCGUCCCGAGAAGGUUGAACCGCUCUUUAUUAGUAAGCUUAACACGGUCUUCCAGUUGAUUUUAGUUGCGGCAGCUCUGCUUCAACCAGAGUUUGGAACCCAGGAUACUCAAAUAUACAUUACAUACUUGAGUUGGUUAGUGGCAUCAACAACAGUGACUUCUACAGCAGCAUAUGGAGCACAACACUUGAGGAGAUCUGCAUUGACUGCUCGGAAAUCCUAAUUCAAAUAACACGUUCUCGUGAGCUACGAGUGAAGAUUGUGUGGAAGGAAAUGACAACGGAUGUCAACUCAGCGAAGUUGUUAACAGUAACAAUGAUAGAUUGCUGACCUGUAUAGAAUUAGAGAAAUUUUGAAAAGGAAAUUGUAACAGAUGCUGAUGUCGGACAAGAGUGGUUGGAUGUCCAAGCUUGUAUAGGUUUUUGAAAGCUUCUUUCAGCUCGCGUACACCGGUUACUUGAAUUAUUAAUUGAUUUCUCUUCUGAUCUUAAGACUCUCAAUGCGUGCAAAUGAGAUUAAUUUUUAUAAA